AUGGAUAGUGUGGAAACGACAAAAUUUAUAACGAAAAAAGAAGAAAAUUUCGUGGACGAAGAUGAUUGUGAACCAAACAAACCAAACUUGAAGGGCGAUUGGUCAAACAUUUUCCUAUUGAUAUUACUGUACACUAUACAGUUUAUACCCCAUGGAAUUGUUAUCUCUUUCCCGAUAAUAAUUCAAAGUAAAAAAUCAGUAACCUACAAUCAACAGGUGAAUUUUUAUCCAAACCAUAUUUAUAUACAAUAGUGCGUUUCUAUAGUUUCCUAGUUAUUUUUUCAAACUCUAUUAAUCUAGAAAAAUUUUUUUACAUGGAAUCUAGUUGAAAUUUGAUGAUUAUAAUUUUUAUUCCUGUUUUUUUAUUCAAUCAUCUAUAACGAUAUAGUUUGAUUUGCUUUGAGCAAAUAACAUUUACGAAAUAAAACACGAGAAAAAAAAUUAUAUUCAAUUAAAGGUCACCGGCAGAAAUAUUUAGUUUUAAUUUCAAAAAAAAAUUUGCUACUAAACAUAUUUGUUUUAUAGAAUUAUUAAUCUAUUAAUUAAAACCAGCUCUGUUUUCUCAGCAUAACCACUUUCUAAUGAACAAAAAUCAAUUGUAUUAUUUAUUUUUAUAUACAACUCCGUAAAAAAAAUAAACGAAAUUGUAAACUCCUCCCCUAACACUAAAAAACUUGGUGGUACAUAAAAUGUCCAUAGUUCUAUAAGGUUUAGUUUUAUAAUCUGAAAGUGGUAGCGUUAGGAAAAAUAGAGCUAUUAAAAACAAAUAUUAAAUUUACUUAUAAUAAAACAAAUUCAUUUUUUAUUUAGGCUCUUUUUAGUAUGGUGAACUGGGUAUUCAUAACGAAAAUUUUAUGGUCGCCGAUAAUAGAAUCACUAUACGUACGAAAAAUAGGUAGACGAAAGUCCUGGAUUAUAACGAGUCAAUACAUAAUGGGUGCAGUAUAUACACUAUUUAGAACAUAAUAAAUAUAAUAUGUUCGUCUAAUAUAUUGCAAUCAAUCCAUUCGCAGUUUUCUAUUUACAUUUAUUAUAGUAUCUAAUCAAAUUUGUAUAUGGUUUAAUAUACACACAAUAUAUCUAAAGUACAAAAUGUAUUGUGUGUCAAACAGGAAUUUUAUUUUUUUAUAUGGCAAUCAAUAUCGAUAUAUGGAUACCGGAGUCUGAAAAACCUAACAUCAAUGCCUUGGUAAUCUUAUUGAGCUGUCUUUUUUGCUGGGCUAAUGUACAAGACAUAGCUCUCGACGGUUGGUCAAUUACAAUGUUAAAAAAGUAAGUUAAUAUUUUAAGUUAUAACAAACGAGUUGGUUCUAAGAUUUUUGUUAUCAUUAUAGGAAUUAUAUUACAUUAUAUAUAAAUGAUUCCUUUGUGAGCUAGUGUUCUUCACAGUUUCACUACUUAAUUUAACUGCAAUCAUAAUACUCGAUAAGAUUUUAAUUUAACGAUACAUUAUACAAUUUUCGGGAUAGAUGAAUUGUUCAAAUUAAUCUUUGUGAUUAAGACUUUCUAAUUUUUUUCACCAUAUAUAAUUGAAUUCGAUAGUUUUUAUAUUUUAAGUUUCAUUUUUAUUAAAGAAAAAAGAAAUUAUUUUUUAAGGGCUUGAAAUCAAAAAAAAAAAGGUUCGAAUAUUAAAUUAUUAAACAUACAGUUUAAAAUUUAUUCCAUUAUCAAAAUCGUUAUCUCGUCACAUAUUUUACGAUAAACGAACCAUGAAAGAAUCUAAAGAAAUUGUCUAUUUGCGAGCUCGUGAAAAAAUUAACAGCAAUAUUACUUUUAUUUUUUUUUUUCGUAUAGAAAUAACGUGGGCCAUUCGGCUACCUGCAACUCUAUAGGUUUAGUGUUAGGUGAUACGAUUUGUAGUAUUUUUCUCAUUAUACUAACAUCCGAAGACUUUUGCAAUAAAUAUCUGAGGACUGCGCAUGGCACAGGAGGAAUAGUAACUAUAAAAGGUAGGCAUGAAAUUAAUCUAUAUAAAUAAUAUAUUAUUUUUAAUGAAUAUACAGAGUGACCAAUCAACUGUAAGACACUAAUUAUAAAACAAACCCCGUAAAAAGUUAAUAUUUUCUGGGAUAAUGAGUGUUUUAUGAUAGAUUGCGUAGAAUAUUUGGUGACCAAAAGAAUAAAAGAUAGGAUACAUAUAGGUUUUAUCUUAAAUUUGUACGUAAAAUAAAUAAUUGCUAAUGAAAAACGAUUCUGAGCAAAGUUCGGUUAAACAUGUUUUGAAAUGUUGUAAUUUGUUAAAAUUCGUCAAAAUUUGAUUUCAUAACGCUUAUAAAAAUUACUACAAUAUACUCAACUUUUGUUUUCAUCGCUACACUUGCAUUUUGCACACCGAACAAUCUAAUAUGUUGUUUUGCUCUCGUAGUUCACGAAAUGGUUCAGUUUCAGUUCUUUUAUUUUUUUAUUAUUAUUAUAUUACUGAUUAAAUUCAAACCACGACCUCUCGGGCGGAUAGUAAAUUUAUAUGAACAAACAUGACUUUAAGUGUGUCACACUAUAACUGAUCGAAUUACAUUAUAUGAAAAUAUGGUCGAUGGUGCAAACUUACCAAAAAAUAUAACAGUCGAUGCUAUUUGGAUACAAAUACAAAAUUACAAUAUGGCCUUGAAACAAAUGGUAGCAUAAUUGUAAUCAAGCAAUAAAAAAUAACCAUUUUGGAUUUCUAAAAUGACUACUGGGAGCUUUAAAAAAAUUUUUAUUUCAAGUUAAAAACUGUCAAAGUGAUAAAAGAAGUCAAAACGAACUUCUAUACAAAUCCAAAAACCACCACCAAUUACAAUAUUUGGUGUAAAUCAUUUAAAAAAAAAUUAAUGAAUAAUUUAAAACUUGAAGAAACUGAGAGACAACAAAUAAAAACCUCGGUUAAUGGUGAAAUUAAGAUACAACCGGUAAAGAACACCAAUUUCCAUGAAUCAUAAAAGUAUUAGAAAAACAAAAACUUAAGUAAACAAUUUAACACUGAAAAUUAGUUUCAGGUGGUAAAUUAUGGAUUACACCCUGAAACCAACCAUUGUGUUGUGUUAUCUAGAUAAAAUAUAAUUAUCAUUUAUCUAAUUAAGAUAAAAAAGUAUUUUAAGUAUCUUUUUAUCUUAUCUAGACUAGAUAGCUAAAUAAACUAUCUGAGAAUAAUCAUCUAGAUAAUAUAGAUAAUUAGAUAAUAUAGAUUAUUAAGUCAAUGAUUUAAAAAUGUUUAGUACAAAAUUAUUUUUUAUCAUCAAAAUUCACCGCGUUUUGUAAUAAUAAUAUUUACAAAACAAUAAAUUAUGAUAAUAACAACUAUUAUAGUCUACGCGAGUGGGUAAUGUUGUAAAAUUACCGGUAAUAUUGGGAAAUUUAUUUUUAAUACCCAAUUGAAUAAAAAAGUAAUAUUAAUAAUGUCUGUUGACAGUGCAUUUUAGAAAUUCUUCCCAUAUUUUUGAAUGAUCAUUGUCCGUUUAACAAUUAAGUUCUACUCAGACAGUUGGUCAAACGAUCUGAUAGUUUUUAAAGUUUAUAACCUACAACGAAUCUUUUUUAGUCUAAACAGAAACGCUUGAAAAUUUUACAGGAAAUACAUUAUAAGUCGCACUUAGUGGGAUAAAAAUGAAAAAUUAUUAUAUUAUUUUGUAUUCAUAUUAUUCAAUGAAUAAUAAUUAUCUACAACUGUUUAUUAUUUGUAUAAUAUUAUAUUAUUGAUUAUUACUACGUUGAAACAUCUUCGGUGUAUAAUCGAGAUGCAUUUUUAUUUUUCAUAAUUCCGAACUACAGGUUUAUUUACAUAUAUAUAAGUAUAAAUAUUCAUAGUUCUGAAUUACGAGUUAAUUUAAGUGUAGAUAUUAUCAUUAACCGUAUUUAUCUAUUUCAUUUUAAAUUAAUUUUUAUUUUAUUUAUGUAGAAACUAUUUUACAUAAUUUAAAUCGCAUACAUUAAUUAAUCUCCUUAGAUGUCGGAUAUAUCCUAAAAUCGUUCAAAAUCACAUUCAAUGUAUUGUAAUAUUCUUUUUGGAAGAGUUUUAAAGUAAAAUUUUGAUGAAAAUCGUAAAUAUUACGGCCAUUCAAAACAUGUGUUACCGAACUUCGUUCUGAAUCGUUUUUCGUUAGAAAUGGUUUAUCGUUGUUUAUAAAUUAAAAACUUUAUGUAUCUUACCUCCUCGACUGCCCACCUACAACAGUGGCGCACCCAUCCCCUAAUACAGCUCUUUUUUUUUUCGUAUAAUAGACAAAUAAGAAUUUGGUUUUUACGUAACAAUAGAAUUUUCAUCUUCGUAGGGUUCUUAUACUUUUGGAGUGUAACUUUCAUUUUGAUCACAACACUACUUUGGAUAUUUAAAAAAGAAAAGGAUAUAAAAUUGAAUGACAGUGCUAAAAAAAUCAACAUUAUUCAAAGCUAUAAAAUUGUUUGGAGCAUUUUAAAAAAACCAAGUGUCCGUAUAUUGGUGAUUAUUUUGUUUACAGUCAAGGUAAAUUAUAUUUAUAUUAUUCUUAUUACGUUUUGCAUUUAGUUUUAUACGUUUCGUACCCAUAUUAUGAAUUUUCUCGGCAGUUACCAACGAAUUACCUACCUACAAUAAUGUUUUAUCUCAUUUUAAAUGCCGUAUUUAGUACCCGGGUCUAGUGUAAAAUCCUAAUAUUCAUUUACAAUUUUAUUUAAUUUCCUUUAAUUUUGAUCUUUAAUUUAGGAUCUUAGUAUCUUACCAUUUAUGUCCAGGGACAUACUGUGUUGUUGAAUAAUUAUAGUGUACAUAAUUGUAUUACAGAUCAGCUUCGUAGCAACAGAUCAUUUGACAAUUUUAAAAUUGAUUGAUCUUGGUAUACCAAAAGAAAAUUUAAGUUUAAUUAAAUUAUUGAUGGAUUUUUGUAAAGUGAUCGUACCCCUCGCCGGUUCAAAGUAUACAUCAGGUCCGAAACCGAUGAGUGCAGUGUUUAAGAUAUUUCCACUGAGGUAAAGAAAUUAUUAACUAGGUUUAGGAACCUAAGUUUCCGAAACCAUAAUUUGAGUAUCAAAUAAUUAUACUGAUAAAUGGUUAUGAAAUAAUGUCAAUCAUGAUGUAUUAUAUCAUUUAAUAUGAUUUACAUGAAACAUUGAGACAUUAUUUAUUAUUUAACGGAAUUAGAAGUCUUAUAAAAAUAAACAUUAAAUUAGUAUGACGUUAAAAUUUAAGAAAUUAAAGAACGAAACGAGAUUAAUAUCACAAAUUGAUAAAAUAAAAUUUCAAAAAUAUAUGAAAAUGAAUGAUAUUGUGAUUUUUAGAUAUUGGUUAGAGUACUACUGAGGCAAAUACUAACUUAUAAAAUAAAUUAUAUUCAACUCGUCAAUUUAGGUUGUUUUCACGUGUUUAUUUUUAUGAAAUUAUCAACAUGAAUCAAACAUAGUAUAUUUCCUACUUAGUAUAAUGUAGUUAAUAACUAUUAAUAGUAAUUUUAAUGACAAGUAUUAUUUUUCAGAUUACUUUGGAGCAUCACUUUUUUGAUAUUGAUUUAUUAUACACCAAAUUUGAUUAAAGAAAAUGGAAUCGUAAAUGUACCACAAUAUUAUUACAUUAUUUUAGGACUAAUAAUGGGAGUAAACGAGGUCAGUGAAUAAUAGUAUAAUGUGUAAUACGAAAAUUAUUGUGUUUGUUAUUAAUUAUUGUUAAUAAGAGAAACUAUUUGAUUUAAUUUAACAUCUAUUCGUUUGUAGGUUGUAGCACAAAACAAUAUUGAUAAACUUUACUCGGUAAUCCAUAUCAUAAGGAAAUUUAAAUACCACACGUCUAAUAUUUAUUACUUGGUACAAAAUCAAUAAAUAUUUAUUUCUAAUUAGGAUUAUUUCAGAAAAAAAACUACAUGCAGUUAUUAAAAUUGAAGAGUGAAUUUGCCGAACGAAACAAAAGUGCCAAAAAAUGAAAAAUAUGUAUUAUUUGUAAUUUACAGUGUACAUAUGUACCUAGCUCAACAAUUUAAUGUGGGUUACAAUCACCAGAUCGAUUUAUUUUUAGAACAAAUAUUCGUUCAUAGAACUGACAGAACUCUGAUCCAUGUGCUAUAUACAUUAACAUAGUACAUAAGUUCCAAGUGCCUUGCACGAAAUUGAUGUAACAGAUUCGAAUUUAUUUAAUUUUGGAUUCGGAAUGGCCACCGGUGUCGUUAAUUCUGAUUGGUUCUGUCAUAAAUGAUAAAGGUUCAUCUAAACAAUAUUAUCAAUUCAUAUUUUAAUGUUAUUUUAAAGGUUUGCCAUACGUUAUAAAUAUUUGCGUAAUUGCGUUUGUGCUCUUCAAAUUAUCAUAAGCCCCGAAUAAGACUGCGUUUUUAACAUUUUAGUAUUUUUGACAGCAUUUCUGUAAGUUUAACUGCUUAGGUAUAUAUUUAUAAGUAAAUAGGACGUGAAUUUACAGUAUCAGUUUAACUAAAAGGAAACAUAGCAAAAACAUACUUACGCAGAUCGAGUAGAUAGUCAUCUUUUAAGAAAUUACUACUGAAUGGAUAUUUUCGUUUACCAAAUUAUGUUUUGCAUAUAAAAGUAUAAAAGUUCCAUAGGCCUCUCUCUAUUUCUCCAUUGAAAACUAUUUAUGAUAUACUCAUGAAAUUAUUAUAUUGAUUUAAAAGUAUUUUAAAUUCAGAGUGUAGCGAAGAAUGUAUUGGUUUUACUAAUAUGAUUCUUUUUUUUAAACUGUGUACAAAAUUUCUACCAUAAAUGUUGCUCAGAUAAAUAUGGGCAGCACCAUUUAUGUGAAGAUAAUACUUUUAUUAUUUUUCAAUUUUCUUAUUUGUUAUAAUUCAAUUAAAAAUAUUCACAUAUGGACAGAAAUCUUAUAAUUGCUUUUUUAAGACACGGUAAAAUCAUCAAAACAUUUAAGCUAUUUUUAAGAUUUUUAUAGAUAUUUUAAUUUUUCGAGUUUUGUACGUAAUUUUUAUUCGGUAGGUACUUUGUGGUAAAGUUGAUAAACUUAACAGAAAUUCUUAAAAAUCUAACAGGAGGUUCAUUAAGAGUCUUACUUUGUAUAUUUUUAUUUAUAAAAGAAUUUUAAUAUCAAAUUUUUACGAAUCGUUUAAGUAAAAUAUUAUUGUGAAACAAAUCUAAUUUUUCAACAUUUUUUUUUUCGAACUUAUGUAUAUUACCGAUUUACAAACAGUGGUGAAGUCAGAAUUGAGUGGACUGACUGAGUUUUUAAAUUAAAGUUUUUUGAAUUUCUGAUAUUAUGCGGAUAUUAUAUGCUAUGUUAAAUAUCUAAAUAUUGUCUUCUUUAUAACAUGUUUGUUAUAACCGAAUGGUUAUUCAUACCUAGUUUAAUUCUAGGGUUCGUGAGUUCAAAUUCAGUGUAUCGAAAAAAAAAUUGAGCACUUAUUUUUUCCCUUUUACUGGGAAAAAUACAAAGCAUUUUAGGUGUACCUAGAGACCCAGCUAUGGCUUGCUCGGACUAUUUUAAUCGACUCAUACCCCUAGAUUUGGUGCGCAAACUUUUCUACCAGAAAUCUUGCUCCGAUGUAUCAAGUGUAACCUACUUUCUGAAAAGGAAACUGUAUCUCCAUGGUAACUUAAUGAAGUCAUUUUCCAUUUUCCCAAGUGUUUUCCCAGCAAAUGUGAAAAAUCGGGAAAAAACAUGAGAAAACCAGGAAAAACACAGGAAAAACGAGAAAAUCAGUACAAUAUCAAACAAAUAUUAUUAAAGACAAUAUUUAAUUCCUAGUUAUUUAUUUAACAUUAUAUAAUACUAUAUUGUUGACAAAGAAUUACUAUCAACUGAACUGCGCUCAGAAUCGCUUUUUUCAUUAGCAAUGGUUUAUCGUUGCUUACAAUACAUUAAAUUACUUAUAACAGUGGCUGCAACCAUCUCCAUUAUCCUAGAAUGUUUUUUUUUUUAUAAGUUUUAUAAAUUUGGUUUGUUAAAACUUAAAAGCAAAUAUUUCAAUUUGUUAAAUUUAAAACAGUUGUUGUUUAUUUUGUAUUAAAUUGUUAAAUGAAGAAAUUAUAUUAUUAAUUUUAUUUUCAAAACUUUAAUUAAGUUCAAUUAUUAAAGUAAAAUGCUGUUACUUAGAAUAAUAUAAUUACACUAUUUGUAAUUUUUAUUUUUGACUAUUAUGAAAUAAAAAAUAUAAUUAUGGGAUCUUACAUGAUUAUGAAGUAUUUUGUAGAAGGAUAACGAGUAAUUGUAUAUGAAUUUAUAAUCAAAUAUUUUUUUUUGUUUCUUGAAAAAAUAUUUCGUCGAUACUUAAAAAGUUUGACAUUCACUCUCUAAUUAUUGAAAUAUAUUUUAUGCACUAAUAUAACACAUAAAUAAAUCUUUUUUUUCCUUUUAGAUACUGAGAUUUUCUAUGGCAGUCUUUAAGACCGGGUUCAUUUCCCGAAUAAGUGACCCGCUUUUUGGUGGUAUGUACAUAGCUUUGUUAAAUACAGCUUCAAAUAUGGGUCCACUAUUGUCGAAGACUGUAGCACUGAAAAUGGUUAAAGUAUUAACGUUCAGUAAAUGUUCAAACGACUUUCGAAACAAUAAUUAUUCCACAUCCGUUCUAAAACCCGUAAGAUAUUUUGUUACGUUUUUACUAUUUUUUUACUACAAAUAGAUAAUAUGUUAACAAUUAAAACCCAAUAUAAUUUUAUUUAUUUUUUAUCAACUUUUUUUUAGAGUUGCGACACAAAUAACGGUAAUUAUUUAGUAACUGUAGAUGGUUACUAUGUAGAAGUUAUCAUAUCUAUGAUAAUUGGAUUAAUAUGGUAUUUAAGUUGCAAGAAACCGAUAAAAAAUCUUCAGAAAUUAAGUCUUUCACAUUGGUCUAUAAAAUAA